UGUUAAAUUUUAAAUUCUUAUAAUGAUUACAGUUCAUGAAAAUAAUUUCUCAGAUUCAAUAUGAAUCAGAUAAGAAAAAACGAAAAAUAAAAAGCGAACAGUUUACGUUUUUAAACGUAUCAUCAGUGAAACGUACGCAAUUUCUUUACGUCAGUAAUAAAAAAGAAAAAAAAGUGCUGUAUAGUACUUUUUCUAGCGUAAAGAGACGCAUUAAAAUUAGUCAUUACUCGUGAAACUUGUUUCGCCCAACACCUAUACCGCAGUAUGUUAGCAGUUCACGAACUUGAUUUGUGUAUAUAAAAAAAACGUACGGCAUACAUGACGAUCAAAAAAAAAAAAAACAUCUACCUGUCGUGUUCUACGCAUGCAUGAUAUUAUAAUAAUGCAGCUAUACUAAGGCUCGCCAUUCAUGCCGGUUUGACCGGGAUAGUCCCGAUUUCAACGGCAUGUCCCGGUAUCCCGGCCGGUCAUUCGAUUCGUCCCGGUUAAAAGAAACCGAGAGGAGACAACAUUCAAUACCGUAUUGCUUAAAAACGAAACACAGAGAAGCGUAAGCGAACGGCUUCAGCCGAAAACCUCCUGUCCUCGUCCACGGCAAUUAUUUUGGGGUUGAUCGCGCCGAGAUCGCGGGACGCGGAGUAGAGCCGAGAAACGCCGUUUGGGGUGCGCGACGAAAAACGAAAUCACCGCCGGACACACGGCCGCCCGUGUUUUGUCGAUCAACCGUCGUGGCCAAAAACAAACGGACCGUCGGUACUGUAUCUAGCCGCGUUGCGAAUGACGACGACGACACGCGAACCGAGUAGUACACGUUUGCGGAAUCGGUGAAUCGCACAGCCGAACGGGACGACGGUGACGGAGCUAAAUCGCGACGGUGGACAGCAGCGUUCCGAGCGGGGAGCCGUUAACAGUGCGACCGGACGAUGACGGCGGUCGAGACGAGAAACGAUCGCGAUGACGCCGCGGCGGACAUGCAAGUGGCCAUGGCGGACAAGGAAGCGACGGCGGCACCGGACCAGCCGGACGUGGUCAAAGACAUCAGCGACCGGGUGUGCCGGUUGCUGGAGUGCCCGGUGUGCUUGUCGCUGGCCACGCGCAUGGCGUGCUUGUGCGCGAACGGGCACAUGGUGUGCACCAGCUGCCUGAUGCUGCUGAACCGCCGGACGCCGGCGCCCGGUUGCCCGAUGUGCCGGUCGCCGAUAGUGUGCAACGCGUACACGUCGGCCGCGUCGUCCGGGCUGUCGCUGAUCACCAGCGCGAUGAAGGUGGCGUGCCCGCACCGCGGCUACGGUUGCGCCGAACUGUUCCGCCUGGACCAGGUGACGUUCCACGAGUCCGAGUGCGCGUACAUGCCCACCGCCCGGUGUCUGUCGUUCAUGUGCCAAUGGGUCGGCGCCAACGGUCAGCUGUACGAGCACGUGCGUCGCUUUCACCGUCACGCCAGCGUCGUGAAAACGUCGGUAAACGUCAACGCGCGAUUUUCCGCAGUGAUAAUAUACUAACCUAACUGGGGUAUCCGACUUUUUCGUUUCGCGGUGGGUCGAACCUGAGAUACGUUUCCGCGCCGAGGUCCAGAACUUUUUAAAUUUUUUAGAGGAACGGACAGGCAAUGGAAACGAUGAACAGAUAAUAAUAGAUGAGAUUUGCUAAGAUUUUAGAAAAAUGUGUAUGUCUAUGGUUAAACAUUUGUUUCGUUGAUAUACGAGUAAGUUGCUGUACUUUGAAAUUGUUUGAUAGCUGCCAUCAAAACGUUGUUGUUCCAAUCGACGGCGUCGCUCGUAAAUGUUCGUUGCUUAAGUUAGUUCUAUACUAAGAUUUGCCGUAUUUAACAGUUGAAAACAUCCGUUAAAAUAAAUGGAGCUAAACGUUGAAAUCGUUUUACUUGCACACUUUUUCAGAUUCGGAAUAAUAUUGAAAAAAAUAUCAAUUAACUUGACGGGCUAUACAUUGGAGACCCCAGUUAUCCAGUCCGAUAUAAUUCUGGUUUUGUUUUUUUCCAGCCCACGUACACGAUUUGUAACGCUGCGAAAACCGGUCUGCACAAAUCGAAUACGUAGAUGUGGUUCCCAAUAGGUGGUCUGAGGGUCGACGAUUUGAAAAAUAUUUAAACCAUUAGAAACUCGUUGGACGGCUCAUAAUGAUCAAAAGAAAAAGGCCGAGAAAGCUUUAGGAUACUUGAUCUUCUUUCGAUCAACUUUUUAUGUAUGAACAACAGAGUAAAAAUGGCCAUCACGCAGUCAAACUUGGACGAGAUUAUAGACAAAACAGAAAGCUUAUACCCGCGUCUCGUAAAAUUUAAAAAUCAAUGCAAUAACUAAUUUAAGUAACUUUAAAUUAAAUUUUAAUAAGCAGUUCAGUAGUUAUAAUAGUGUUAAAUUACAAAAAAAAUAAGAUAUUUAAGUGUUAAAUCAUAUAUCUUUUUGUAUUGUUGUUUUUGAGAAAACUUGUAAUUAAUAAUUUUUGGGACCAUGGCCUAUAGUGAAAUUUUAGAUGAAAACAUUUUAGAUCUUUCAACUACUGUUUUUAAUUUUCAUACAUUAUAAAUAAUCAUGAUUUAAAGCUUAGUCUAAUGACUAAUUUCUAGUUCGUACUUUUAUAAUAAAUAACCGAUAAAGUGAUAAUGUAUCACGCCGAACCAAUGGUAUUACACUAUUUUUAAAAAAUUAUGUAUUCAUAAAAAAAUUAGCCCAUAGUGAAAAAAAUUUCUAUUUAUGCCACUGUUGUUCAGCGCUUAUCAUUAAGUUUUAUCUCCAGAAACUAUAUUAAAAUAAUUCAGAUUUUAUAAGAUGCAGUAAUAUUUUUAUUGAUUAACAUUCGUCCACCCUCAUAUCUCGUUAUCACGUAUCCGAGUAAAAUAUAAUAAAAAAGUCAAAUGCACCGUUACAGAGAAUAAUAUGCGGUUCUCAUUCAUCGGAUUAGAUAACUUCUGCGUAUAUUAAGAGGACGCUAGUUAAAAAGUGAAGUUUAAAAGUGAAAAGUUUAGUUUUUGUACGAUUAUUGUAGCCUAAAUGAGUGUGAUUUUCCCAAAACAUGUUUUUAGACUUCAAAAGUGUAACGUCUUAAUAUGGAUUUAUUUGUACAACAUUUUAUUUUUACACUACAAAGUUUAACAAUGUGUGGUCCUAUAGAAACUGUGUUUGAAAUUACGAAGUCUGAGUGGUUAUCAAUUUUGAACAUCUAUAUUUAUUAUAAUAACUUAUUACAUGGAAUCCCGUUACGUUAUCGUGUUUAAUUGCAACUUAUAAUAGACCAUACAUUUGAACAUCGUAUUGCGACGUCACUCGACAAACCGUGUAAAAAUCAUUUCAGGAAAUACCGUACAUCGGCGACUACAGCAAGAGUACAUUAAACUGAUUUAUCAGUCGAUUAUACCGACGUUUAAUGUCUAUACAUAAUCUAUUUCUCGAAACUCCGACGCGCUCUUUGUUUUGUGUAUUGCUUUGGUACAAACAACACAUAUGUUUUAUCAAAAUGUUGUUUAGUAUAAAAAAACUAUACCAAAAAUAGUAGUUCAAAUCGUGUCGAAUAAUCGAAUAUAUCUGAACCAAACACCCGCGUGUCUUAGCUUGCACGACGAACCGGAAAUAACUAUUACAACUCGUUAUGUAAGGGUAGAACAUAUCAAAAUCUGUUUGCAUUGAACGACCGGGGUUGAAAGCAUAAACGUUGCGUUCGAUUGUUAUUUGAAUCGUUUUCUAUGCUCACAGCGCAACCAGCUAUCAGUACACGACGCCAAUUCGAU